AUGCCGCUCUCCCCGCACGCUAGCUCGUUCACCGUCUGCCACGCCACGGCGGUGUGGAGGACGACAGACAAGCACUGCAUCUGCAGCCCGUGCCAGUUCUUGGUGGUCCAUGCGGCCCAGGCGGCCGUCGAUGAGGGACUCUUGCCCGACGCUAUUGAUGCAGCUGGCGAGGCGGCAGCGGAUGCCAUCCUCGCCGGCAAGAGCCCCGAGGAGGCGGCGGCAGCGGGUGAGGCGGCGGGUAAGGCCACGCAAGCCGCCCUCGACGAUGGCCUUUCGCCCGACGCUGCCGAUGCCGCUGGCAAGGCAGCAGGCGACGCAAUCAUUGCCGGCAGAUCGCCCACUGAGGCAGCGGCGGCCGGCAAGGCUGCGGGCAAGGCGGCUCAGAAGGCGCUCGACGACGGCUUGUCACCCGACGCAGCGGAUGCGGCUGGCAAGUCGGCGGGCGAAGCCAUUCUUGCGGGCAAAGGCGGCGGGCACGUGGAGAAGGCGCUCGACGAUGACCUGUCGCCUGAGGCGGCCGAUGCGGCUGCAGAGGCUGCCGCCGACGCGCUGGAGAAGGGCCUGACGCCCGAGGAGGCGGCCGAGGCGGCGGAGGCUGCCGCAGACGCCGUGGAGAAGGCGCUCGACGACGACUUGUCGCCUGAGGCGGCCGAUGCGGCUGCGGAGGCCGCCGCUGACGCGCUGGAGAAGGGCCUGACGCCCGAGGAGGCGGCCGAGGCGGCAGAGGCUGCCGCAGACGCCGUGGAGAAGGCGCUCGACGAUGACCUGUCGCCUGAGGCGGCCGAUGCGGCUGCGGAGGCUGCCGCCGACGCGCUGGAGAAGGGCCUGCCGCCCGAGGAGGCGGCCGAGGCGGCGGAGGCUGCCGCAGACGCCGUGGAGAAGGCGCUCGACGACGACCUGUCGCCUGAGGCGGCCGAUGCGGCUGCAGAGGCUGCCGCCGACGCGCUGGAGAAGGGCCUGACGCCCGAGGAGGCGGCCGAGGCGGCGGAGGCUGCCGCCGACGCCGUGGAGAAGGCGCUCGACGAUGACCUGUCGCCUGAGGCGGCCGAUGCGGCUGCAGAGGCUGCCACCGACGCGCUGGAGAAGGGCCUGACGCCCGAGGAGGCGGCCGAGGCGGCGGAGGCUGCCGCAGACGCCGUGGAGAAGGCGCUCGACGACGACCUGUCGCCUGAGGCGGCCGAUGCGGCUGCGGAGGCCGCCGCUGACGCGCUGGAGAAGGGCCUGACGCCCGAGGAGGCGGCCGAGGCGGCGGAGGCUGCCGCAGACGCCGUGGAGAAGGCGCUCGACGAUGACCUGUCGCCUGAGGCGGCCGAUGCGGCUGCAGAGGCUGCCGCCGACGCGCUGGAGAAGGGCCUGACGCCCGAGGAGGCGGCCGAGGCGGCGGAGGCUGCCGCAGACGCCGUGGAGAAGGCGCUCGACGACGACCUGUCGCCUGAGGCGGCCGAUGCGGCUGCGGAGGCUGCCGCUAACGCGCUGGAGAAGGGCCUGACGCCCGAGGAGGCGGCGAGGCGGCCGAAGCUGCCGCCGACGCCGUGGAGAAGGCGCUCCGACAAUGACCUGUCGCCUGAGGCGGGCCAAUGCGCUGGCAAGGGCCGCCCAAAUGCGGCGGAGGCUGUCCCCUAA